GUUCUCCUGUCAGCAGCAGCGGAAAUUGGGCCAAGCCGCAAGUCUGCUAUCGCAAUAUUAGCUAAUAGUUGGUUCAAGUCCAACAGCAUUCGAAUGACGUUAUUGUAAAGCUCAGCUCCAUAUCAGUCCGCCCGUCGCAGCAGUUCAGCCAGUAAAUAUGCCAGAAACACAAUUACUUUCACGGCCUGUCAUAGAGCCGCGUGUCCACGAAGGUAAAUUGGCCAUUAUAACCGAAUCCGCUAGAAGUAAGCUCUCAUCUUAUAGCUUUAAUCCUUAUACAAUUUUUACCAGAAUUCAGGUAUUGGUGCUGGAAUAGCUAGAAAGUGUUGUUGAGAAAGAAUUCCACCAUAUCUACGCUGUGAAUGUGCUAGGUCCAACACUCUUGACGGCAGCUUGCAAGCUAUUUCUGCCCACUGAUCGAUCCGGCCGCGUCGUGAUCAUGUCUAGUAUCAAUCCCAAGAUCGGAACACCAAAUAGGACCUUGUACUCGGGGACGAAAGCGACGAUGGAAGCGAUGACUCGUGUGUGGGCCAGAGAAUUGGCAGAGAAUGCCAAAUUCAAUGCUAUCAACCCCGGACCUGUGAUGAGUGAUAUGUAUUUGUCUGCUCCAGAGGAAGUCAAACAAGAAUUGGCGCUAUGGAAUCCAUUGACGCCAUUAGCGCCAGUUAGAGAAACAGAUAGCCCGGAAGUCAAAGACUUAGGUGAGCGGCUGGGCGGCAGAGCGGCUUAUGAUCAUGAAAUUGCAGGCAUGAUUGCAAUUAUUUGCGAUCCAGAUUCAUCGUGGAUGACUGGGAGUCUCCUGAGUGCUAAUGGUGGAUUGUCGUUCAUUAUGUGAGCGGCAGUGGGUGAUGAAAAGUCUAAUUUUAUAAAAUGCUAUCCGCAAUAUUCUCUUUAUAAAAUUGACCACUCGCAUAUGGACUACCGGUCCCAGCAAUGAAAGCUCAUGAUGCGAGUUGUCAAGAUUGUUCAGCGACGUUCCGGGGCAAUACCUGUGCGGGAUAAACG